UACCAGUCAGCGGAGAUAGCAGGCAGUAAUUCACCCUCUCAGGCUAACUCGCUUUCGGCUUUGGUUUGAAAUGGACACCCCUACAACCGCUCGGAGCAGACAAUGCUCAUUCAUGCGCACCUGCAAAAGCGGACUCUCCCUAUGGCUGGUGGUGUGGCUGGUCCUCGGCAAGCCCGGUCCGUCGGCGGCGUGCCCGCAUCUAUGCGUGUGCUACCCGACUCCCAUGACCGUGAGCUGCCAGGCGCAGAACUUCACCUUCGUGCCCGUCGGCGUGCCCUACGACUCGCAGCGUGUGUUCCUACAGAACAACCGAAUUACGGAGCUCAGAGUCGGCUCUUUCGGCUUCGGGACUCAGGUCCUGUGGCUGUUCUCCAACAACAUCACGUGGAUUGAGGCUGGCUCCUUCAGUGAGCUGAGGGAUCUAGAGGAGCUGGACCUGGGGGACAACUCUCACCUGCGCAGGCUGGAAGGAGGCGCCUUCAGGGGCCUGGAGAAACUCCAGAGUCUCCACAUGCACCGCUGCAAGCUUACCGCCCUGCCCCACGACCUGUUCCACAAGCUGUACAGCCUGCAGUUCCUCUACCUGCAGGAGAACCAGCUCCACUUCCUCCAGGAUGACCUCUUCUCUGACCUCAUCAACCUGAGCCAGCUCUUCUUGCAUGGAAACCGUAUCCGUACUCUGUCGGAGAACGUGUUCCGUGGCCUGGUCAACCUGGACCGCCUUCUUCUCCAUGACAAUCGUGUGCGCCAGGUUAACCGCCGGGCGUUCCGCGACCUCGGACGCCUGACCAUGCUCUUCCUGUUCAACAACUCAUUGGCUGAGCUCCCCGGCCAGGCUCUCCGUGACACCCAGGGCAUCGAGUUCCUCCGUCUCAAUGGGAACCCCUGGUCCUGUGGCUGCGAGGCCCUCCCCCUGUGGGAGUGGUUCCGUGGCGCCCGCGUCUCAUCGUCCGAGCUGUUGUGUUCCUCCCCGUCCCCCCGCCGCGGGAUGGACCUCCGCUUCCUCCGUGAGAUGGACUUCGCCCUCUGCCCUCUCCCCGACCCUGGCACCCUGGCCGGCUCCACCACGAGGACCUUCAGCACCAAGACAAGAUGGUGGUUCUCCAAGCACAAGCCCCAGUCCCAGACCAAGGCAGUGUUCGAGAAGAGCUCCGAGACCAUCAAGGCCUUCCCGUUCCCCCAAGGAAAGAACAACCCACCCAUCGUGUCCUCCACCAACGUCAAGUACGAGCUCGGUGAGGAAGAGGCAGCACUACCCAAACUCGACGCUGAGGAGUACUGGGCGAACUAUGAGAACGAGGACGCCGGCACCACGCUGCGAUGCUUCGAGCUCGAGUGUCCGCCUGACUUCGAUGGCCUCCCUCCCAACUCCUCCUCCACCCCCACAUCAUCCCCCUCUCUCUCACUCCUCCUCGCCCUCUCGCUACUCGCAGUCUCCAUCAAUCUACACCUCAUAUUUGGCUGAAUCAGACUGAGGACCCACUUCCCGUUCCUGUCUUUGCCCCAGCCCCUCUCAGGGCAUGGGGAACCCCUUGUUAAAGACUCUGUACCUCCCUAGUUAACCCUCUGAUGUCCUACUGGAUAACCUCUGUCAGUAGUACAGGACAGCAGGGGAUACAAAGGGGGGGUUAGAUUGUUACUUCUAACUUAAUGCAGGGUUAAACAACUAUGGCUGACAGUACAUAGUACAAUAUAGUACAGUACAGUAGUCAACCAAGGCUGUUACUACAACAGUUGCAUCUCACCUGACUAGUGUGUUGGUUGCCAUGACGACACCUGCAAUCAGGGGUCAGUGGUCACCUGUAACGCUCUACAGCGAACACCAGUGCUACUUACUGUUGUGAAUGCUAUAACUGUUGUCACUUGGAGGAAUAUUACAACUACAAGUGCUACGACUAUUAUAUGCAUGUUACGACUACUACUAUUCCGAAUACGUCUGCUACUACAAGUGCUAUGAUUACAGUUACGACAGUAUCUACAUUUCUAUUGUUGUACUAACUCUGACAACUGUACUGUAAAUAGGUGGGUGUACUUGAUGGUGCAGUGCAGUUGAGAUUUCCUUCUUAUAUGUUGUCUACCAUGAUGCCUACUUUAUAAUGGAUUGUUUACAGAGAAAUCGCUAAGGGGAGAGAGAAAAGAAGGGAUGAAGGAAUGAAAGAGAGGCAGUCACCAGAGUACGAGAAGGUGAGAGAGGAUAUGUAGAGAGAUAUGUAAAGGUAGAGAGAGAGAAAGACACACAGAGAGAGGAUAUGUAGAGAGAUAUGUAAAGGUAGAGAGAGAGAAAGUCAGAGAGAGUGAUGAGUUAAAAAGUUACCAAAGGAAGAAGCUAGAGGACAGAGAGGGUGGAAGAAGGGUGGAAGAGAAGAGAAGAAAGCGCAACAGGAAAGGACAGAGAGGGAGGGAGAAGGGUGGAAGAGAAGAGAAGAAAGCGCAACAGGAAAGGACAGAGAGGGAGGGAGAGAGGGUUGUCGAGAUUCUCAAUAAUAAAGAGAACGGAAGAGAGGGAGCAAGGACAGCGCAGGCAAUAUAUAUAUAAACCAAAGGAAUGUGAGACACGGUGAAAUGAAGAAAGAACGAAAGAAAGAGAGAGAGAGAAAAUGACAGUACUGUCCUUUGACCAUGAGAUACUUAAUAGGAGAGACAAGCAAUCACUUCAGGUAUUCAAGUUCAGUCUUUGUAUAACUUCAUGUCCUGUAAAUAUGACAUCAUCACCAUAGAAGCCACAGGGGAAGGAUGCUUCCUGUCUGGCAGUGUCAUUCGCUGUUCUGAUUGGCUAUCGCUGUUUGUUUGUGAUGUCAUUGACGGAAUGCGUGACAUGACCCGUUUGAGAGAUAAAAAGACCUAUUGAGAUUCUGAAUAACAUUUGUGAGACUUUUCUUUGGGUGCAGCAGCUGUUGUGUUUCAAACUGAUUUUACUUGAUCAAUAAUUGAUCUCUUUAAGUCAUUUGUUCUCUCUCUUGGAAUGCUCACUCACUUCUUUGGAAGGUGAAAAUAGUGCACUACUUUUGACACUGCACUACAUAGGGAACAGGGCGCCAUUUCAGACGGAGCCCAUGACUGCUUGUUAGUCCUAUAGCUAAAAACUUGAUGAUGAGUAAACAAACAAAUUAAGUGUUUUCAACUCAGCCCCCCAGUUCCGACUACCAUACCCACCCCAAUAUCUCUAGUCUAAUACUCCCCCUCCCCACAUCAACUAAGCAGAAUCAACUUAGUUCAACUCAGAAGAAUCAACUUAGUUCAACUCAGAAGAAUCAACCAGUAACUGAACUGCAUAGAACUCAAGAAGAUAUCUAGAACUGGAAGUGAAAGAGACAUAGAAUGGCACACGUGAUGACUGGACUGGACUGGACAGUCCAAACCAAUAAGACCGACUAGUGAUUGACCAGCCAUAUUAUUCCAAUAGGACUGUUCUGGACUACUGAGCUCAGAGAUCCUGGCACAGAAUGAAUGGAAGGAAAAGCCAGGCAGUGUCCCAGCAGGGAGAGACAAGGAAAGUUACAUUGUGGCUUUACUGAGAUUGAUUGACAGAUGGACAGAACAACAGAGGGACCAAAUUGUCACUCACAGACUUUGCUGACUCACAGAGAGACGUAAUUCCUUGACUUGCUGACAGAGACAGACUGACUGACCUAUUGCCUUGGCGACCAGUGAUCGACGGAAGACAGUUUAAAAGAGAGACUGGAAUCUGAUUGGCGGACAGCUGAAGCAACGUCAGAGAAAGGAGGAGGACCUCUGAGGAGGUGACCAAAAACAGACUUCCUUUCCUCUUCCUUUCUUCCUACUCGUUUUGUCUGAGUUUCUACAAGGCUUUGUAGGAGGGUGGGUAGGCGUGCUGACGAAUCAUCCCCUCUGUCUCUGUCUCUCUCUCUUCCUUUCUUUAUCCUACCGGUCACCUGUUUCUGUAAAGCACUCACCCCUGCGUGCUCCAUCUCUCUGAAGAGAGAGAGAAAUUAAAGGAGGGAGCGGAAGGAAGAAGGAGAGAGAGAAAGAGGGGAGGAAGGAGGGAGGGAGGAGAGACCGUUCCUUUUACCCUUUUACAUAGAUGUUCUCAGUAGAGGUGAAGAGGGCAAGGACAGGCUGAGAUAGGGUAUGAGUAGGAGGAGAACAGAGAGGCACACACACACACACACACACACACACACACACACACACACACACACACACACACACACACACACACACACACACACACA